AUUUGUGUUGUUGUUGGUCGCGGUAAGAUGGCGGCGCUCGGGGAUGGAUCAGCUCCGGCGGUGAAUGGGUUAAUACAACAAUUCACAGCGAUUACAGGUAAAAAAAAUAUUUUUCAUUUAAUUCUUGCAAUGUUCAUUGUUCAUGAGUUAUGUUCCAAAAAGAGUCAUGUCGCCCAAGCAUCACAGAAAGCUGCGCAGGAAACUAACGGGGCAUCAGUGCUUACUGCCCCCUGUCAUCAAGGGAAAAACGAACUGGAGCACACGACCGUCAAGUGUGUGUGAUCACCAGAAUAGAGCAGCUAACUUAACAUAAAAUUACCCACAGGAAAUACUAGAAUUGUCUUGGGGUGAUGCCUCACGCAAAAAUUGCUUUCUAGAGUUUCCCCAAAAGUCAUUUAGACUAUCUGGAGGUGCAAUAGCUAACGUUAGCCAUGUUGUCUUGUGUUAGUGGAAUGGGCGUUGGGUACAACAUGAACAUCUAUCUAGUCGAGCUAACCUAGCCUAGGUUCCGCCUUAUAGUGCAAUGGUGGCUGGAACAUCUCCCGCCUGUCAUGUUCAAGAAGCGAUCGGAAGCACCGGACCAGCCUCUCUCUGCUAAAGUUACCGUUACACAAAGUUUGCAUGGCUAAAAUGGUAAUUUAGUGUUUCUAUAUUAUGUAGAUAUAGAUGGCAAUUUGGCCAAAUACAUCCCAUUUUUUUGUGUGACAGUAUCCAUGUUCUCUGUCGAGAAUACUUGAAAAGUGAAACGGACAUGCGCAGUGAACAUGAUAAACUCUAACCAUCUAUAUAUCCAGCAAUGCUUGCAUGGAAGUUUAGAUUGCAGGUAAACUGCACAACAUUUUACGCAGUUCUUGAUUACCAUGCACGGAGAUUAACCAUUCACAUAGUGAAAGUGCCAGGCAUUAUUCUGUUCUGCCAGUGCGUUGCUCAAACAAGAACAACGCAUGCGCACAACCGUCCGAUGUUUUUGUGAGUGAUCCUUGGGGUUCAGAGCUAGGAAAACAUUUCAUAAUAGGGAUUAUGUCAACCAACCAAUAAAUUAUUCAAUGCAUGAAAAUAUAUUUCCCAUUUUUAAAUCAUCAGAUAACUUUUUUUAACAUCCACAUUUGAUAUUUCAGUGUUUUAAGUCUGUGUGUGUGUGUUCCAUGCCUGCUACUACACUGUCCCAGGUGCCACAGAGAGUGUGGGGAAGCAUAUGCUAGAAGCAUGCAACAACAAUCUAGAAAUGGCAGUGUCCAUGUUCCUGGACGGAGGGGGGAUCGCAGAGGAGCCCAGCACCAGCUCCAGUUCAGCAGGGGCCUCCAGCAGCAGAGCUCCCCCCGCAGAGUGAGUCAGUGGCCUGCUCCAUCGCACCAACCACCACUGCAGAGUCCUGUUUAGAGCCUGUGUUGAAACAAACCCAUACUUUGAGAUCGCCAAUACUGGCCCUGCUGUUUUUAAUUAAAAGCAUGUUAAUAAGAAAAAGAAAGGUCUGCUCUCCUGGAGUUGAAGUUGAAUAUUGUCUGUCUGUUUUUGUAGUGACGAAGUGCGGGCGCCCAUCCCUCAGAAGCAGGACAUACUGGUGGAGCCAGAGCCUAUGUUUGGAGGUACAGUUCUGAAGUGCCACCCCAUAAUUUAGCCUACCUCACUACAACUUGAUCUCAAUGGCGCUCCCUCUAUGUUUCCCCCUGUAGCCGUCUCAGUCCAUCUAACUGUCUGUCACUCUCUCUGCAUCCAUAACUCUCGCAGCGCCAAAACGACGAAGACCUGCCCGGUCCAUAUUUGACGGUUUUAGGGACUUCCAAACAGAAACCAGUAAGUAGCCUACCUGUAUUUGUGUACAUGUGUCUGUGUGUGUGUGUGUUUGUUUGCAUAGAAUGGGGGUUUGUGUGCUAAAACCAUGUUGCUGAAUUGUGCCACCCAGCUCUCAGGCAUCAGGCAAAGCACUACUUAAAGCAGUACUUGUGUUGUGAUCAUGGUCAGGUUGUCUUAUACAGUGAGCUCCAAAAGUCAUUGUAUGAUUUCAAAUCCAAAGUGCUGGAGUACAGAGCCAAAACAACAAGAAACGUGUCACUGUCCCAAUACUUUUGGAGCUCACUGUAUACGCUAACAGCUUUUCUGCCCUCCCUCAGUCCGCCAGGAGCAGGAGCUAAGGAACGGCAGUGCGGUGGACAAGAAGCUCAGCACCCUGGCGGAUCUGUUCCGGCCCCCCGUCGAGCUCAUGCACAAAGGCAGCUUCGAGACGGUGAGGAGCCCCCUCCCCCCUGGACACCCAAGCUCCCUAGACCUGGAGGACUAUCAGUCAACCCUCAUCCAAACCACCCUUAGCUGAAAGGAUUGAAUAGGUUUCUAAGCAGUAUGGCAACAAUUCCACCUAGCCUACCAGAGGGCAAAGUGGAGCUAUUACCAUAUUGCUCAUACCUAUCCGGCUCCUUUCUCUCUCUAGGCGAAGGACUGUGGUCAGCUGGAGAACAAGUGGCUGAUGAUCAACAUCCAGAAUGUGCAGGACUUUGCCUGCCAGUGUCUCAACAGAGACGUGUGGAGCAACGACGCGGUCCGGACCAUCAUCAGGGAGCACUUCAUAUUCUGGCAGGUAUGCAGUGUGCACACAGAUGGAGAUGAACGUGCACUCACACAUCAAAUCAAGCUUUAUUUAUAUAUCACAUUUCAGACAUGCAACACAAUGCGCUUCACAGGAAAAAACAAACAAUAAAUAAAAACUGAAAUAUUUACUACACAAAAACAUGAGGAUAACAAAAAAUAAAAAUAAUAAACAAUUUAAAACUGAAAGCACCCUAUGGAAAAGCAAAGCUAAAAAUAUGUGUUUUAAGAUCCCUUUCAAAUAACCAUCAUAUCGAAGUUAACUUGACUCGGGUAACCAUGCAGUUUAUUAGGCUACAUAUGAAAGAAGUUAUGAUGAACUUCACAGGGUGGUGAAAGUGCACAGUGAUCUUGAUGCUCCUUUCCAAUAAAUAUCGAAGUUCUUAUUCUGGUAACAUGAUGACCGAUGCUUGACUGCCAUUUGACAAAUACAAAUAUUCUCUCUCUUAUCCAUAAUAAUGUCAUCAUGUAGACUGCCUACCCACACUGUCUGCCAGCUGUUAGCUAGAGCGUACGUGCCAAGACCAGAGUAGGCACAUUUGCUAUUUAAUGCAACAAGUUUUGUGACAAAACUAUCGGUAGAGUUGAAAAUGCGAUGGAAACACAUUGAACUUUUGAUUUUUAUUCGGUACAUGAGAACUUAAGCAAAAAAGUACAUUUUAUGUGCACUAAGUCUUCACGCACUGAUUGUUAUCUUUAACAAGUCCUAUUUAGUGGAAACACCACUGGUGGGAAAAUGCACAUUUUCUUUAUGCACAUUUUUAGAAUAUUCGCAUGAAAAUCUGUCACCGAUUGGACGAGCUACUGUAACUUUGUUUUUCUCCUUCGUAACUCUCAUGCAUACACAAGCUGUCACAUCCACACACACGCACACACACGCGUAUACACUGUGUGCCGUAGAGGUGUGUUGAGGGAAGCUGGCCUGCUGUGUGUGUGUCUGCAUUUAUAUGUGUGUGUGCACGUGUGUAUUGACAGGUAUACCAUGACAGUGAAGAGGGACAGAGGUAUAUCCAGUUCUACAAGCUCAAUAAGUUUCCCUAUAUCUCCAUUUUGGACCCCCGCACAGGUGAGGCCUGCUCUGGGUUUCUGAGUGUUUAAACAGUUACUAAUACUAAAAAGGUUUUGAAAGUCUUACUGACGAUGCUCAUGUUUGACCGUUCUGCAGGUCAGAAGAUGGUGGAGUGGAACCAGUUGGAUGUCGGGUCGUUUCUGGAACAGGUGACAGGCUUUCUGACGGAACACGGCCAGCUAGACGGCCCGGCGUCCAGCCACCCGCCCCUGGCCAAACGGGCCCGCUCUGUGAGUCUCUGUUCACUCUCUCUUUUUCAUCUUCUUAAAUACUGUCCAUAUUGCUCAUUACAGUCACAUUAUCACUUUAUUCUCUCACUCUGUUCACGCUCUCUCUCCUCAUCACUGUUUGAUGUAUUCUCUUUCUCGGUCUCUCUCUUCUGUCUGUUUCUCCCCCUCUCUCAGGAAAGUCUGAUAGACGCCAGUGAGGACAGCCAGUUGGAGGCAGCCAUCAAAGCGUCUCUCCAGGAGACCCACUAUGAGUCCUCCUCCGCCCCCGACCUCCCCAACUCCCCCCGCUCUGUAGAUGCAGACUCGGACGGAGACUCGGACGCGGAGCCCUUCUCUGACAGCGAGGGCCACAUCUCCGUCGACGGCUCGGACAACGAGACAACAGAACCCCAGGAGGGCAGCUCCUGCUCCACGGGUGGACACACCCCUCCUGGACCAGCCCCUCCCACAUCUGCAGCUGUAGCCCCCCAGCCCCCGCCACGGCCGGACAGCCCUCCCGCCCGUCACAGGAAGUCCCCUCACAAAGAGAACAGCCACAGGAAAGAGGAGAGCAAAAAGAACCACCUGGAGCCUCCGGUGGCCGCCCCGGCCCGCUCCCAGGCCGCCCCAGAUUCAGAGCAUCGUUCUGGGGAGAACCAUCGCACCUCAAUGGGCCAAAGCUCCAAAUCUGUUAAGACGGAAACCUCAGACAUCGACUGCCUUCAUGACAAUGGUACUAAAAUUAUGCCUGUGUGUGUCUGUGCAUCAUGUUCAAGUGUCUGGAUGUGAAUGUUGAGAUUGUGUGUGUGUAUCUACGACUACUUCUUCAUCCAUCCCUACUCUGACUGCACUCUUUCUGUAUUGUAUCUCCAGGUCCCAAGGCCAGACUGAUGCUGCGCUACCCAGACGGACAGAGAGAGCAUAUCGCCCUGUCGUCCAAGGCCAAGCUUAUGGUGAGAAUGUACUCUUGUGUUAGGCCUUGUGUUCAAUUCAGUUAAUGAAAAAAAACAAAAGUCCACAACAAAAUCCUGGUCAAUUUUCAGUUCAAGAAUUGAUGUUCAAUUUAUCACCUGAAUUGACUGAGUGGAAAUGCAGCUGACCCCAACCCCUGGUACACUAUAUAUACAAAAGUAUGUGGACACACCUUCAAAUGAGUGGAUUCAGCUAUUUAAGCCACACCCAUUGCUAACAGGUGUAUACAAUUGAGCACACAGCCAUGCAAUCCCCAUAGACAAACAUUGGCAGUAGAAUUUCAGUGACUUUCAACGUGGCGUCGUCACCUUUCCACCAAGUCAGUUUGUCAAAUUUCUGCCCUGCUGGAGCUGCCUCGGUCAACUAUAAGUGCUGUUAUUGUGAAGUGGAAACGUCUAGGAGCAACAAUGGCUCAGCCGCGAAGUGGUAGGCCACACAAGCUCACAGAACGGGACCGUUGAUUGCUGAAGCGCAUACAAAUCGUCUGUCCUCGGUUGCAACACUCACUACCGAGUUCCAAACUGCCUCUGGAAGCAACGUCAGCACAAUAACUGUUCGUUGGGAGCUUCAUGAAAUGGGUUUCCAUGGCCGAGCAGCUGCACACAAGCCUAAGAUCACCAUGUGCAAUGCCAAGCGUCUGCUGGAGUGGUGUAAAGCUCGCCGCCAUUGAACUCUGGAGCAGUGGAAAUGCAUUCUCUGGAGUGACGAAUCACUCUUCACCUUCUGGCAGUCCGACGGACGAAUCUGGGUUUGGCGGAUGCCAGGAGAACGCUACCUGCCUAGUGCUGACUGUAAAGUUUGGUGGAGGAGGAAUAAUGGUCUGGGGCUGUUUUUCAUAGUUUGGGCUAGGCCGCUUUGUUCCAGUGAAGGGAAAUCUAAACGCUACAGCAUACAAUGACAUUCUAGACGAUUCUGUGCUUCCAACUGUGUGGCAACAGUUUGGAGAAGGCCCUUUCCUGUUUCAGCAUGACAAUGCCCCCAUGGACAAAGCGAGGUCCAUACAGAAAUGGUUUGUCGAGAUCGGUGUGGAAGAACUUGACUGGCCUGCACAGAGCCCUGACCUCAACCCCAUCAAACACCUUUGGGAUGAAUUGGAACGCAGACUGCGAGCCAGGCCUAAUCGCCAAACAUCAGUGCCCGACCUCACUAAUGCUCUUGUUUCUGAAUGGAAGCAAGUACCCGCAACAAUGUUCCAACAUCUAUUGGAAAGCCUUCCCAGAAGAGUGGAGGCUGUUGUAGCAGCCAAGGGGGAACCAACUCCAUAUUAUUGCCCAUGAUUUUGGAAUGAGAUGUUCGAUGAGCAGGUGUCCACAUACUUUUGGUCAUGUAGUGAACAUUAACAUAUUAUAAGCCUGAUUAUAAGACAUUAUAAAGGCUCAUACAUGCAUAUAACUCUUUAUAAAGCAGUUAUAAAGCAUUAUUUAGUAAAGCGUUACCAUGACUUGUUACCUACCUUCCACUGUGUCCUCCACCCCCUCCAGGCUCUGGUUAGACAUGUCCAGUCGAAGGGUUACCCCAACGAACGCUUCGAGCUCGUCACCAACUUCCCCCGACGGAAGCUGGCCCACUUGGACUAUGACAUCACACUGCAGGAGGCAGGGCUUUGUCCACAGGAGACUGUAUUUGUGCAGGAGAGGAACUAAGCCAUGCAUUUUCUAUCUUCAGACCACGCCCAUAUCACCAGUGACCCGGGAGGACAUUACAGGCUGCUACCCCUGAGCUUUUGUUCUUUUGGAAUUAGACCAUGCCCCUAUUUGGGGACGCCAAACUGUGGAUGGACUUCAUUACCCAUCAUUCCACUGGGAAGAAGUGACUGGCCUGUGUACUCUUUUUAGUAGGCAUUGUUGUUCAUCUUCAAUUACCGAAUGGAUUCUAUUCUGAUUUUAGUUUUAUUCGGAGGUAAUAAACCAAUCGGAGUAGAACACAUUAAUGAUACUGUUAGAAAUAAGCUGAGGCCCCCAAUAAUGAUCAGAGCUGGCAUCAGUUGGCUCAGGAAGACUUUACAGACUAUUAUCCCCCUGAAGGAUGUCAAAAGUCAGAUAUUUUUUUGAAGUUAAUACUUAUUUUUUGAUUCAUGAACACUUACCGCCAGGUAAAGGAGGGACUUGAACUCUGACCUUGAGCUC